UUCAAAUUUCACAGCAUCAUCUGGCGGGAACACUUAGUGACCAUACUGAAAACCAGUCAAAAUGGACGAGGACGAAGACACCUACGGCUUCGGGUCCUUCUCGGACCUGUUCGACGCAGGGCCAACGCAGGCUGUCAAGCAGCUGGACAUGAGCGCAUUGAGUCGCUUCUGCAUGCCCGAGCGCUUGCUCUCGCGCUUUGAGCAGCAGCAGCGACGGGACAAACGCAUUGUCCUGUAUCAGCACGUGGCUGCAAAGUUCGACGGCGUUCGUAUCGAUGGCGGUUUGGGCGCGCUGGGCGUGGCACCGCUCGAUGGCGGUGGAGUUGUAUGGCUGCAGACGACGCAAUCGGACUCAGAUGUGCUGGAACGACGUAAGAAGGAGCUACAGGACAUCACAAAUCGCCAGGACCAAGGAGACCUCAAGUCGGCGGCUGCGCUGUUCGUCUCCAUUAAGCACGUCGCUACAGUGCAGCCCACUACAGUGCAGAAUACAGUGCAGGGCGUAGAGAUGAAGCUGGUAGACGGCAACCGCCUCGAACUCACCUUCAUGCCCGGACCUUUUGCAGAUUCCAAGCAUCGAGAUGAAUUUCUGAAGACUCUGAAAAUGCAGAUGAAUAGCGGCAAUAAGAACACACGUGAAACUGUGGAUAAUGCAGCAGCUCACACUCCUAGUCGACGUCGUGAUGCUACGCCGGAAUCUAGGAGGAAAACUGUAAGCUCGAAGACCAAGGAGAAGGAAAAGUACCGCCAGCUUGUGCGGAGAUAUACCAAGUUGGACCCGGUGAGUGCUGAAGCACUUGCAAUCGCCAAGCAGGUGUAUGCAGGAACGGGGUAUUAUUUAGGACCCACGACGAGAAAUAUGCCCAAGUUCUCGGAAGACUCGGAAUAUCGCAAGAAAACAGUGGAGAAGCUGUCGGAUGCUCUGAAUCGGAUGAACCAGGAGUGGAGCGAGGCAGAUGCGCAUCGGGAGCUGCAUACGAAAGCCAAACAUUCUAGAAAUGAGGAUGAUUUAUUCGAGUAUGCAGACACAGUCACAGGUGCACAGAUCCCGACCCGGACGUAUGAAGAGCGGUAUCUGGAGUACGUGAAGGCACACGAGGUCAACCCUGUGAUUCACAUGUUUCCUGUGCAGAAGAGAACAGCAAAUGGAAAGGAAGCGAAACCACUGCGUGGCUCCGUGUCGGCCUCAUCACUAGGACCUAACGACAACUCACGAUCGCUUUUCAUGAAGACACUAGGAAUCGACAUUUGCUCAAGUUUGGUCAUUGAUAGUGAUUUCUUCUCAGACGGCGGACCGUCGGGUGCAUCAAUGUACAGAAGUGAGGAUGUGGCAUUUCAAGCUGCAGUGAAUAGUGCUCGGACGAAUCUGUGGAAGAGUUGGGGCGUAGCUUUUGCUCGCGUUGGACAUGAUCACCCCAAAAGCCAAGCUCAGUCAACAAACGGUGUUCCAGGUCAAUCAACAACGCGAAAACGGCCUAGAGAGAGGAGACAAAGUCUGGCGUUACCUACUUCGGAUGAUCUUCAAUCAGCUGUUGAAACCAAGAAUUCACGAGAUGCGAAUGAUACAGCUUCAAACGGAGGCAACUCGCAUGAGUCACGUACAAAACGCAGUCGAUCCAACACAGCCCCGAAGUCUCGACGCAAGGCUCGCAGACAGAGUAUCGUAAACACGGUGGAUUUACCUUCGAUUGUGGGAAGUGAAGCUGAGGACAGGGCGACUGCUGUAAAACGCAAGACACCACAAUUAUCUCGCAAGUCUCCACGGCCAAGGCAUCCUGCUACUGGUUAUGCUCGUGAGGCCAGCUCUCUCGAGAUGGUAGAAAAUGAUGAUCCAAGUUUGUGCAAACUCUGUUACAGCGAAGAAGCGCUAGUGCACAUGAAGCCUUGCGAUCACGCCGUGUGUAGCGCGUGCUGGUCGCGAUUGCCUCCAGCAUCAGGGAAGAACGGGACGGAAUUGCGUCGCGUGUGUCCCUGGGAUCGCGAGGUGGUAACGAAACGGUAGCAGUAUAACAAGUUGCAGUAUUUGCGAGAAACUUGAGGGGAGUUUCAGUAUUGACUACUUGGAGCUUGUGCGUCGAAGCCUUAGGUGAUAUGGCUGGCCAGCAUGUGGCUGAUCAUUCGAGAGGUAAGCGUGGACAGCACGGUGUGCUGUCGCUUCAGAAGGUUAAGGCUAAUGUGCGCUUCUUACAGAUUAUCGACGACUGA